AUGGAUCAGUCUACCAAGCCCGAGGUUGAGCCCAAGGAUGAUUCCGUCACCGACCCCAUACAGGCGGCCAAAAGGACGUGCGAUGUUCUCUCGGCGGGCAUCAAGUCCAUGAAGAUCCCCAAGGCCAUCGAUAAGGCGAAAAACCUGGCAGAUUACAUCCAGAUCCUGGAGUUCAGUGACAUGAUCAACGACAUGCGCAUCAGGGUCAACGUUUCUCGGUCCAGUAUCCAGGACGUGCGCAAUAGCACGCUGGACGAGCAGAGCAUCAAGCUGCUCGGAGAGGUUGAUCAGGGCUUCGACACGCUCCUGACGAGAAUCGAGGGCUUGCGCGAAUGCGUCGAUCAAUGGAUGGAGACCAUGAAGGGUGGGUGGACACCUUUGAAGAAGGAUAAGACUUCCCCCGCGGCUUGA